GACAAGUCUAGCGGAAAUAGAACUAGGAGAAAGCUGCCAGAAGCCGCCCCAAGUGGUCGAUAAAGCCGUUUUUGUUGUAUUUAACCGCGUGUGUUCUUCCUUCUGAACACAUUGUUGGGCCUUCGCGCGUUUUACAAACAACAAGAAUAUGUUUGAGUUGAUAUAAGUGUCGCCGAUUACAUCAUUUUAUUCUCCUCUCAGUGCACAUUAGGCUUCCUGGGUUAGCUUAGCUUGCUAGCUGCUAACAAAGAGACGCGGAAGUGACCAACACGCCGCUAAAAAGAGAUCAGAUCAGCAAGAGUGGACCUCCAGGAUGGAGCAGGAGGUACCAAGGACCCCCCACAUUAAAGAGGAAGAGGAGGAGCCACGGUCCCCCCACGUUAAGGAGGAAGAAGAGGAACACAGCAUCAGUGAGUUCCCAGUGACUGCUGUCCCUGUGAAGAGUGAAGAAGAUGAGGUCAAAGGUGAAAGGGAGGAGAGACCAAACAGCAGCUCAACUGAACACAUGACAACAGAAGGUGAUGGUGGCGACUUAGCUCCAAUCUCAGAUAGUGACCAGGCGACGUCUCACUCUUCUCACACCGAUGAUGAAGACUCUCGAGGGGAUCAACCUCGCUUGAAAUGUUCUCAGUGUGACAAAACUUUUGUCGACAAGUCAACUUUGAAAACACACAUGACAAUUCACACGGGCGAAAAACCGUUCGGAUGCACGUUUUGCAGUAAAAGAUUCUCUAUCAAAGGACGUAUGAUAGCGCACACAAGAACCCACACCGGAGAAAAACUCUACGCCUGCUCGAUGUGCGACAAGAGGUUCUCUCACCGCCCGGCCUUUGUGCGACACAAGCGAGCCCACGCCAGCGAGAAGCCUUUCACCUGCAAUGUUUGCGGAAAAUGCUUCGCUUUCGUCGGAGGUCUGGAAACCCACCUGCGAACUCACACGGGCGAAAAACCCUAUUCUUGCUCCGUCUGCAACAGAGGUUUCUGCGACCAUUCGUCGUUUGUCCGACACGCCCGGACGCACACAGGGGAGAAACCAUAUUCUUGUGCGAUCUGCAGUCGGCGGUUCACUCAGACGUCGGCGCUGGUCAAGCACACGCGAAUACACACCGGGGAGAAACCUUUCAUCUGCUUAGUGUGCGGCCUGAGAUUAACCCAGAAGUCGCACUUGACAAAACACAUGAGGACACACACCGGCGAGAAAGCCUUCAGUUGCCGUGUGUGUGAUGAGAGGUUCUCCUACAAGCACCAGGUGGACAGUCACAGGUGUGCUGGUGAGGAGACACCACGCAACACUCGUUAGAUGUCGUGUGUGUGAUGAGAGGUUCUCCUACAAGCACCAGGUGGACAGCCACAGGUGUGCAGGUGAGGUGAAACCACGCAACACUCGUUAGAUAUCGUGUGUGAUGAGAGGUUCUCCUACAAGCACCAGGUGGACAGUCACAGGUGUGCAGGUGAGGAGACACAACGCAACACUCGUUAGAUGUCGUGUGUGUGAUGAGAGGUUCUCCUACAAGCACCAGGUGGACAGUCACAGGUGUGCAGGUGAGGAGACACAAUGCAACACUCGUUAGAUGUCGUGUGUGUGAUGAGAGGUUCUCCUACAAGCACCAGGUGGACAGUCACAGGUGUGCAGGUGAGGAACACUCCUUAGAUGUCACCUGGGACAACAUUUUGUGACAGGGGUCCCCAAACUGGAAGAUAGGAUUAACGUUUGGAGAACACACAUCUUUACUACUUUAUUUGGGACGGUGUGGCGCGGUUGGGAGAGUGGCCGUGCCAGCAACCUCAGGGUUCCUGGUUCAAAUCCUCACCUUCUACCAACCUCGUCAUGUCCGUUGUGUCCUUGAGCAAGACACUUCACCCUUGCUCCUGAUGGGUCGUAGUUAGGGCUUUGCCUGGCCAUCAGUGUGUGAAUGUGGAAAUAGUGUCAAAGCGCUAAGCUGAAGGUAGAAAAUCGCUAUGCAACACAUGUAUUUAAUAUAUAACACAGGCCAAAAGUUUGGACACAUUUAUUAUUUUUCUUUUCAUGACUAUUUACAUCAAAACUAUGAAUGAACACAUGAGGAGUUAUGUAGUUAACAAAAAAAUAACUGAAAACAGGUUUAAUAUUCUAGUUUCUUCAAAAUAGUCACCCACUGCUCUGAUUACUGUUUUUGCACACUCUUGGCAUUCUCUCCAUGAGCUUCAAGAGGUAGUCACCCGAAAUGGGUUUCCCCUGACAGGUGGGCUUGAAGCUCAUGGAGAGAAUGCCAUGAGUGUGCAAAGCAGUAAUCGGAGCAGAGGGUGGCUAUUUUGAAGAAACUAGAAUAUAACACAGGUUUGUGUUAAGUACACAACUCAUUCACAGGUGGGUGCCAUAAAAACAGCUUCUCAGUCUUUCACAAGAAAGGAUGGGGCGAGGUACACCCCUUUGUCCACAACUGCGUGAGCAAAUAGUCAAACAGUUUAAGAACAACCUUUCUCAAAGUGCAAUUGCAAGAAAUUUAGGGAUUUCGACAUCUACGCUCCAUAAUAUCAUCAAAAGGUUCAGAGAAUCUGGAGAAAUCACUCCACGUAAGCGGCAUGGCCGGAAACCAACAUUGAAUGACCGUGAUCUUCCAUCCCUCAGACGGCACUCUAUCAAAAACUGAUAUCAAUCUCUAAAGGAUAUCACCACAUGGGUUCACAAACACUUCAGAAAACCACUGUCACUAAAUACAGUUGGUCGCUACAUCUGUAAGUGCAAGUUAAAACUCUACUAUGCAAAGCGAAAGCCAUUUAUCAACAACAUCCAGAAACGCCGCCAGCUUCACUGGGCCCGAGAUCAUCUAAGAUGGACUGAUGCAAAGUGGAAAAGUGUUCUGUGGUCUGACGAGUCCACAUUUCAAAUUAUCUUUGGAAAUAUUCGACAUUGUGUCAUCCGGACCAAAGGGGAAGCGAACCAUCCAGACUGUUAUCGAUGCAAAGUGUAAAAGCCAGCAUGUGUGAUGGUAUGGGGGUGCAUUAGUGCCCAAGGCAUGGGUAACUUACACAUCUGUGAAGGCACCAUUAAUGCUGAAAGGGACAUACAGCUUUUGGAACAACAUAUGCUGCCGUCUAAGUGCCGUCUUUUUCAUGGACGCCCCUGCUUAUUUCAGCAAGACAAUGCCAAGCCACAUUCAGCACGUGUUACAACAGCGUGACUUCGUUAAAAAAGAGUGCGGGUACUUUCCUGGCCCGCCUGCAGUCCAGACCUGUCUCCCAUGUAAAAUGUGUGAAGCGUAAAAUAUGACAGCGGAGACCCCGGACUGUUGAAGGACUGAAGCUCUACAUAAAACAAGAAUGGGAAAGAAUUCCACUUUCAAAGCUUCAACAAUUAGUUUCCUCAGUUCCCAAAUGUUUAUUGAGUGUUGUUAAAAGAAAAGGUGAUGUAACACAGUGGUGAACAUGCCCUUUCCCAACUACUUUGGCACGUGUUGCAGCCAUGAAUUUUGAAGUUAAUUUUAUUUGCAAAAAAAAUUAAAAAUGUAUGAGUUUGAACAUCAAAUAUGUUGUCUUUGUAGCAUAUUCAACAGAAUAUGGCUUGAAAAGGAUUUGCAAAUCAUUGUAUUCUGUUUAUAUUUACAUCUAGCACAAUUUCCCAACUCUUAUGGAGACGGGGCCUGCGCGGGCUCUGAGGUUUGAGAGCCAGGUCCAGCUCGUGGUGCCCAAGACCAGACUUAAUACCAGGUGACACAUGGCCUUCUCUGAGCUCUAGAACAUUCUGCCCCUCCAUGUUCCAUCGGCUCCCACAGUGGACUCUUUUAAGUCUCGUCUUAAGACCCACUUUUAUUCUUUGGCUUUUAACACAACGCGAGUUUUGUGCUCCUCUGUGUUUUUAAAAUUUUGAUUUCUAUUUAUUUUUUACAUUGGUUUCACCCUUUAAAAUCGUUUUUAAUCAUAUUUAUUUUUAUUUUAUUUUAUAUUGGUUUUAUGUCAAUUUUUUGUUUUCAUUCUGUCAUUGGUGGAGCUAAGGAUAAUAUUUGAAUAUUGAUUUUAAUAUUGCUGUGCAGCACUUGAGAAACAUUGAUGUUGUUUAAAUGUGCUACACAAAUAAAGUGGAUUGCUUUGGA